CGUGCCUGGAGGGGCUCCGACUUUAGGGGAGGCGUGCCCGGGAAGGCCGAGAUGCGUGUGCGCUGAGCGGUUUUUCCUGCUCGGAAACUCGAACGAAAGCUAUGGAAAGUUUUGCAGGCGGAGGCAUGGCCCCGCAGCCUUAUCGGUUUGCCCAGGCCUGGAAGCCGGAGAGAGGAUCAGGGGUUUUCAGGCUAACCGUCAGAAAUGCAAUGGCUCAUCUUGAUUCUGAGGUGAGAGAAGAAUGUCUGAGGGAAGACCUGAAGUUUUACUUCAUGAACCCUUGUGAAAAAUACCGAGCCAGACACCAGAUUCCAUGGAAGUUGGGAUUGCAGAUUUUGAAGAUAGUCAUGGUCACCACACAGCUUGUUCGUUUUGGUUUAAGUAACCAGAUGGUGGUUGCUUUCAAAGAAGAGAACACUGUUGCUUUUAAGCAUUUGUUUUUAAAAGGAUAUUCUGGCACGGAUGAAGAUGACUAUAGUUGCAGUUUGUAUACUCAGGAGGAUGCCUAUGAGAGCAUCUUUUUUGCUAUCAAUCAGUAUCAUCAUCUAAAGAACAUAUCCCUGGGGACCCUUGGUUAUGGAGAAAAUGAAGACAAUACAAUUGGCUUAAAAGUCUGUAAGCAGCAUUACAAGAAAGGGACCAUGUUUCCUUGUAAUGAGACACUGAAUAUUGACAGCGAUAUUGAAAUAGAUUGUGUUCACUUAGACCUCUCCAAGUCCCCUCAGGACUGGAAGAACUCGUCAUUCUUCAAACUGGAAUUUUAUCGGCUCUUACAAGUUGAAAUUUCCUUUCACCUCAAAGGCAUUGACCUACAGACGAUUCAUUCCCGAGAGUUACCGGACUGUUACGUCUUUCAGAACACGAUUACCUUUGACAAUAAAGCUCACAGUGGCAAGAUCAAGAUCUAUUUUGACAGUGAUGCUAAAAUAGAAGAAUGUAAAGACUUAAACAUAUCUGGAUCUAUUCAGAAAAAUACUCAGUAUGUCCUGGUGUUUGAUGCGUUUGUCAUUGUGAUUUGCUUGGCAUCUCUUAUUCUGUGCACAAGAUCCAUUGUUCUAGCUCUCAGGUUACGCAAGAGAUUUUUGAAUUUCUUCCUUGAGAAGUACAAGCGACAUGUGUGUAACGCCGACCAGUGGGAGUUCAUCAAUGGAUGGUAUGUCCUGGUGAUUAUCAGCGACCUAAUGACAAUAAUUGGAUCCAUAUUAAAAAUGGAAAUUAAAGCAAAGAAUCUCACAAAUUACGAUCUGUGCAGCAUUUUGCUUGGAACGUCUACGCUCUUUGUCUGGGUUGGCGUCAUCAGAUACCUGGGGUACUUCCAAGCAUAUAAUGUGCUCAUUUUAACGAUGCAAGCCUCACUGCCCAAAGUUCUUCGCUUCUGUGCUUGUGCUGGUAUGAUCUAUCUGGGCUACAUGUUCUGUGGCUGGAUUGUCUUAGGACCAUAUCAUGACAAGUUUGAAGAUCUGAACACAGUUGCUGAGUGUCUGUUUUCUCUAGUCAAUGGCGAUGACAUGUUUGCAACCUUUGCUCACAUCCAGCAGAAGAGCGUCUUGGUGUGGCUGUUCAGUCGUCUGUACUUAUACUCCUUCAUCAGUCUUUUCAUAUAUAUGAUCCUCAGCCUGUUCAUUGCCCUGAUUACAGACUCCUAUGACACCAUUAAGAAAUACCAACAGAAUGGGUUUCCUGAAACGGAUCUUCAGGAAUUCCUGAAGGAAUGUAGUAGCAAAGAGAAGUAUCAGAAAGAGUCCUCAGCCUUCUUGUCGUGCGUCUGCUGCCUGAGGAGGAGGGGAAGUGAUGACCACUUGAUACUUGUCAACUAAAGUCCUUCUGCUAAAGAUAAUCAAGUCUCAGGCCUUUCUACCCAGUGACAGUGCAGAGGGACCCCCAACAGCUUGGAGCAGGACUUCCAAAAAUACUGACUUAUUACUGGUGGAGCAGGAAAGAGGACUGUCAGCUGGUUGAACACAACUGAAGUUCCAAAGUUCCUUUUAUAAACUUGGAUGGGAUGAAGCAUAGACUACAGUCAACUACUGGGCAUGAGUGCAAUAGAGCAGAGAUAAUGACAUUCUGCACGGGACUUUAAUUGAUGACAUCACAGUGUGGGGCUGGAAAAAAAUAUCAUAUUUCAGAGCGUGCAAAAACAAUGGCACUUAAAGCCAUGCAAUGAAAGAUGCGUGUUUAUCAUCCACUAGGUGUUUGUUUUAAAAGUGAUUCUUGGGGGCGCCUGGGUG